AACAAUUAUCACAAACAAAACAAUAGUAAUUUAAAAAAGAUUUUGCAAAAAAUAUUGAUGAAAAUAAAAGUAUCUCCUAGUUUAGUACUAGGAGUAUUAUGUUUAGCUCUACUCCUUUUCUUAGGACUAAGUGAACAAUGUGGGCAACAAUGCAACACCACAAAUCAUACUAAUAACAAUGGUUUUGGUUCGCAAUUCAGGCCACGACCUCCUACACGAAGACCACCACCGCCUCCUACACGAAGACCACCACCGCCUCGUCCACCGCCUCCUACACGAAGACCACCACCGCCUCGUCCACCACCGCCUCGUCCACCGCCUCCUACCCCAAGACCACCACCGCCGCGUCCACCGCCUCCUACACCAAGACCACCACCGCCUCGUCCACCGCCUCCUACCCCAAGACCACCACCACCUCGUCCACCGCCUCCUACACCAAGACCACCACCGCCUCGUCCACCGCCUCCUACCCCAAGACCACCACCGCCUCGUCCACCGCCUCCUACACCAAGACCACCACCGCCUCGUCCACCGCCUCCUACCCCAAGACCACCACCGCCUCGUCCACCGCCACCGCCACCAACACCAAGGCCACCACCAUCACCCCCUCGUCCACCGCCGCCGCCACCAACACCAAGGCCACCACCACCACCCGGAACCCCAACACUUGCAGAAAUAUUCCCUGAACAAAUGUUCAAUAACUUCAUCAUAAACUUUAUGGAUCCUAAUUGUCCUGGUAGAUGGUUCUAUAAUUAUCAUGCUUUUAUGGCCGCAACAGAAGCAUUCCCUGAGUUUGGUAAUAUUGGGGAUGUUGUUACUAGAAAAAGAGAAAUCGCUGCUUUCUUUGGUCAAACCUCUCAUGAAACCUCUGGACUAGCGUCGAUCGUACAGCCUAGUGCAUUUAAUUCAGCAUAUUGCCUUAUAGAAGAAGAAUUCGGGCACGACUGGCUUCGACCGGAUUAUUGUGAACCAACUGAGCAAUGGGAGUGCGUUCCUUGGGUCCAAUACUUUGGCCGCGGACCGGUUCAACUCAGAUGGAAUUACAACUAUGGGGCAGCAGGUGAAGCACUAGACUUAGACCUACUAUCCAAUCCAGACUUAGUAGCACACGAUCCAACCGUUUCAUUCGAAACAGCACUAUGGUUUUGGAUGAGCCCACAAGGAAACAAGCCGUCAUCCCAUGAAGUAAUGACUGGUCAAUGGGUACCAUCUUUCGAUGAUAUAGUCGGGUUUAGAUUACCAGGAUAUGGUGUGGUCACAAACAUCUUUAAUGGAGGUGUUGAAUGUGGGAAUUAUUUCAAUCCUGAGCAUCAUCAUUUGCAAGAUAAUCGUAUCAACUUUUUUAAGAGAUAUUGUGAUCUUUUGGGUGUUGGAUAUGGCAACAAUAUUGACUGUUACUUCCAACACCCUUUUGAUAAUAAUUGGAAUUUGGUUAAGAACAAUUAUCGUAAUCAAACACAACCUGCAUUAAUGGCGGCCAGCUGAUCUUAGUAUGUAAUAAAUAAAUAGUACGUACGUAUAACGUACUAAAUGCAUGCAGGAAUAAAUCAGUUGCAAAUAGCACUUAAUAUAUAUUAUUAAGAUAAAUAAAUAGGUGUAUGUAUCGUUGCACCGAAUCUGUUUUAUUUGUAAUAUUUACCAGCCACUUUAUUCGUUUUGCCCUCUUUAUGCAAGAUGAAGAAUGUUUAAUAUAUAAUAAAAAUAUGUGUUAUUAUUUUGUUAA